UUAAAUUACAGCAUUUAUUUAAAUAGAAAUAUUUUGUAACAUUCUAAAUGCCUUUACUGUCAAAGAGUAUAGAGAUCUUCUCUUUGUACAGAUGUAGUAAGGUCAUGGCAGGCAGUUGUGGUAAAGCCCUCAGUGUUUGUCCGGUCGGGGUCAUCGGCUGAGCUGACCUGCACGUAUGAUACACAUGCCUCAGAGGGCUUCAACCCUGGAGUGGCGUUACACAGCUCCAGGAACUCCUGCCUUCCAAGCCAAGAGGGUGAGAAGAACUGCUGUAUUCAGAGUCAGUUACAAUAAACCACCACAUCUACUGACCUCAAUGUCCUGUUUGACACAGGUGCUGUACUACAAUGGGAGGCUGUACUGGGUCAACUCUUGGGAAGGUAGGAUGGCUCUCGUGCAGAACCCUCCAGUGUCAGGUGUCGCUUCUGUCAGGAUCAUCAGUGCUGAAACAUCUGAUACUGGGCUGUAUAUAUGUGAAGUCACCAACCCGAACGACUGGUCUGGCAGUGGACAAGGUCUGAUCAACCUCACUGUGCUAAGUAAGAUGGCCUAUACAUCAUGGGUUUUCAACAGAACCCAAAUAUAUCACUCCUCCGUCUCUGUGCCAGUAUGUCAGCUGCAGGGAAACCCCUACACGGGGAAUGAUGUGACUCUGAGUUGUCAUUCCUCUCAUGGUCUCCCCACACCGAUCUAUUCAUGGCACAGAGAGCCGAACGCAGCCCCUCUGCCGCCAGACAGUUUUAUUGAAGAUCAGCGCACCGGUUCUCUGAUGUUGCACAACCUGUCUGAAGCCUUUGCUGGUACCUACACAUGUAAAGCGUCUAAUGAACUCGGUCAGGCAGCGUGCAGCGUAACCCUCAGAAUGACCUAUGGAGGAACCGCAGCUGUGAUUGGCGGAGUGUUGAUGGGAAUCUUUCUCGUUCUGCUGUUGAUUGGGGUAACGGUCACCUUUGUCACCUGGAACAGGAAGAAGCACAUCCAGAAAACAUAUGCAAAUGAGCAGAGUCAGGUGAAAAACAAUUCAGCACUUCAACCGCAGAGCGGAGGGAACCUACUACCCAUUCAGUCGGGUACUGAAGACCAAUCAGACUUCAAAGUGUCUGGCUUUAGUCCAGUUGUUUAGUCUCAUCAGAUGCUUCUUUGGCAUUUGUCUCUGCUGGUUUAAUCUCUGAGCUUACAAUAAAUAUACACUUUUUAA